AUGAACGUCCAUUCCCGGGCAAGCCGAGAGAUCAUCGAGCACAACGAUCAAAGAAGAUCGCCUUCAUCCUGCGAGCAAGACGCCAUCAGAUGCCUCGCACGUGCUUUGGACGAGGCUGAGUCGGGCCCUUGGGGUCCGGAUCUGAUCAUCAAAUGCUUCUGUGAUCUCGACAUCGUCUUCUUCGGGGGCGUACUCCAAGGGAACGUUCGCGUUGGUUGGGGAAGUGCCCACGAGUUGGCAAUGUUAGAGGAAGCCCUUCGCGACAACUACGGCAUCACAAUCCACACGCAGCCUGGGCGCGUAGAUAUCUUUCUCAAUGCCAGAGGUAUCUUCUCAAAUCCAAAUGCUGCUGUCAGUCUCUUCAGGGCUAUAUUCUCUACAAUGCUACAUGAGAUGUGUACAGAAGAGCGAACGAACUACUUGGACUCGAAGCAAUUGAAGCGUGGGAAUUCUAUCGCCGCUGCCAUACUGGGGGUCGUGCUGUGGAUAGGGAAGGUCGUCGUGGAUUUCGCGUAUAGAGCGGUGCUAGGAUAG